GACUUGACAGCGUCAGUCUCGGGAGCGUCUCUCACUCACAGACUCUUCGGUGGUGAAACACGUGCGCAGUGUUUAGCGCAGCGCUAACUGACUGAAGUCGUAUCAGAACCAAACAGAGAGAUGGCGAGUGAGGACGUGGCGCGGCUGUUGAUCCAGUUUCAGAAUGAGGAAGGCGAGGUCCUGGGUUCACCUUUUGAUGUGCCGUUAGACAUCACUCCAGAUAAACUACAGCUGGUCUGCAAUGCACUCCUGCAGAAGGAUGAGCCAGUACCACUGGCAUUUUUUGUGCGUGGAGAGGCUGAGGUGGUGUCCAGUCUGGGCUCUUGUGUGAAGACGCUUGGGGUCGAGACAGAGCAAGUCCUGCCAGUGGUGUACCAGCCUCAAGCUGUGUUCAGGGUGCGUGCUGUGGCCCGCUGCACCAGCACACUCCAGGGACACACAGAAGCUGUCAUCUCCACUGCUUUCAGCCCCACUGGCAAGUAUCUGGCCAGUGGGUCCGGUGAUACCACAGUACGUUUUUGGGAUUUGACAACUGAGACUCCUCACCACACUGCCAGAGGUCACACUCAUUGGGUGCUGAGCAUCGCGUGGUCACCGGAUGGAAAGAAACUGGCUUCAGGGUGCAAGAACAGUCAGAUCUGUCUUUGGGAUCCAGUGACGGGUGCACAGAUGGGGAAGACGUUGACGGGACACUCAAAGUGGAUCACUUGGCUCAGCUGGGAACCUCUCCAUCUAAACCCAGAGUGUCGUUUCUUAGCCAGUAGCUCUAAGGACGGCUCCAUCCGUGUCUGGGACACAGUGUUGGGUCGCUGUGAGAAAAUCCUGACUGGACACACGCAGUCAGUCACCUGUGUGAAGUGGGGAGGCGAUGGGCUUCUGUACACGUCCUCUCAUGACAGAACAGUCAAAGUCUGGAGAGCCAAAGAUGGUGUGCAGUGCAGGACCCUGCAGGGUCACGCUCACUGGGUGAACACGCUGGCUCUCAGCACAGACUACGUCCUGCGCACUGGUGCUUUUGAACCCGCAAGUGCAACAAUAAACCCUCAGGACCUCUCCGGAUCAUUGGAAGAGCUGAAGGAGACGGCCUUGCAAAGAUACAAUAAAGUCAGGGGUACAGCUCCAGAGCGUUUGGUGUCUGGCUCAGAUGAUUUCACCUUGUUCCUGUGGAACCCUGCAGAAGAUAAGAAGCCUCUGGCCAGGAUGACCGGGCACAGUGCUCUGGUCAAUGAAGUGCUCUUCUCCCCAGACACCAGACUCCUCGCCUCUGCAUCGUUUGAUAAAUCUAUUAAAAUCUGGGAUGGACGCAAUGGAAAGUACUUGUUGUCCCUGCGUGGUCAUGUGGCAUCUGUGUAUCAAGUGGCGUGGUCAGCAGACAGCAGGCUGCUGGUCAGUGGCAGCAGUGACAGCACUCUCAAAGUCUGGGACAUAAAGACAGGAAAACUGAACAUGGAUCUACCGGGCCAUGCCGACGAGGUUUAUGCAGUGGACUGGAGUCCUGAUGGCCAAAGAGUGGCCAGUGGUGGUAAAGAUAAAUGUCUCAGGAUAUGGAGAAGAUAGCCACACCUCUGCUCUCCCUCCUGUUAUUGGCUCAGGGUUCACCAUCAAGAAACCUGACAGCUGCAGCAAGGGUGACGAGACUACACCUAAUCCCCCCCAUUCAGCUUCAUUAAGCUGUCCGUCAAAGUGGCAUCAUGUCAAGGAUCUCUCCUCAGGUCCUGAUGCAGAUGUCAUGGUUGUAAAGAUAUCAAUGGAAAUGCAGAAUGAGAAACUUUAUUUUUAUGUCAACAUCCUUCCAUUGAGAUCAGUGAUAACAGGAGCUGUGCUUGUUCUGGAAAUGCAGAAAUCAGGACAUGUAUGAGAAAAGUUCUUGGCCUCACUGGAAAAAAAAAGAAGCAGAUUAGUUCUUUUUAUUUCUUUUAAUUAAUUUUUAUUUUCAUAACUGCAUACUGUUAAACUAGCAUGGUUGCCAUUUUCAGAGUGAUGAUGAAGUCAUCUCAGCUUUCUGUUUGUCCCUUCCUUCACCUUAAGCUUUACUGGAUGAACUGCAUUCUAUCCUGAUAGUGACAGGUGGACUGGGGAGGCAGCAGGUGGGCGGUGAUCAGUCAGUGCUGCCUUUAAUCUCCUCUGUCCCGCGGUCAGCAAAGCUAUAACCCCCCCGAGUUUCCUGCCCGUGCAGUAAAGCCAGCUUUGGACUGUGUGACACACACAUCUCUGUCCGUGAAUAACUGUCACAAAUAAAUCUACGUACAUGUGCCAAUUUUA